CUGGUCUACUCUUCCAGAGAAAGCGAGAGAGAGAGAGAGAGAGAGAGAGAGAGAGAAAGCAUGUCUUCGUGUCAGAUACUGAGCUUGCAGCAGCCAUGGGUUCUAUCUCCGAAAGUUACUGGUGGAGUUUGUAGACUCAACAACUUUUCUUCUUCAAAGAGAGAAAGGGAUUCAAUACCAUGCCAAUUUCGGUGGCUUGGAAGUUCAACUUUACAAAUACGUAAUUUUGUAGUACAGAAUAAAGGAAAAUGGAAGUUCAGUUCUCAGUGUAGAAGGGACAGAUUGUAUAUAAAUGUUAUUCAUAGUUUCACUGACAAAUUCUGUAAGGUGGAGCAUAACAGUAGCUCUAAGGUUCAUGCAGUUAAACUAGUGGUGGGAAUGGUGUCCUCUUAUUUCCUUCUUAGGGUUGUGAAGUUAAAUUUUGUCAUUGCUUUCCUAAAGAUGGUCCAUGAGAAACUUCUCUACUUUGGGGCUGCAAGCUCACCUUUUGCUUGUAUGUCAAAUUCAAUGAAUAAACCGACGCCUCUUAAUUUGGACGUGUUUUUGCCUUCAUUUCAAGACAUUAAGUGGAGCUUUUCACGGGUGCUAUAUCUAUUUAAUGUACAACUUGAGAAAAAUGUGGCCACGUUCUUUGUAGUGCUCCUUGUAGCAUGCUUCUCCUUUGUCGUCAUUGGCGGCCUUUUAUUCUUUAAGUUCAGAGGUAGUGCACAUUCUUUGGAGGACUGCUUAUGGGAGGCUUGGGCAUGUCUAAUUUCAUCCUCUACUCAUUUAAAGCAAAAAACACGCGUUGAACGUGUUAUUGGCUUUAUUCUUGCUAUAUGGGGCAUAUUGUUUUACUCUCGUCUACUUAGCACAAUGACUGAAGAGUUCAGGAAUAAUAUGUACAAGCUCAGAGAAGGGGCACAAAUACAAGUUAUGGAGUCUGAUCAUAUCAUAGUUUGUGGAGUCAACAGUCACUUGACUUUCAUACUGAAGCAAUUAAACAAAUAUCAUGAAUUCGCUGUCCGCUUAGGUUCUGCUACAGCUAGGAAGCAGAGAAUUCUUCUUAUGUCAGAUCUUCCAAGAAAGCAGAUUGACAAGCUAGCUGAAAAUAUUGCUAAAGAUCUGCACCAUAUUGAUGUCCUUUCAAAGAGUUGCAGCCUUACCAUGACAAAAUCAUUUGAGAGAGCUGCUGCCAAUAAGGCACGUGCCAUAAUUAUAUUGCCAACAAAGGGAGAUCGGUACGAAGUCGAUACAGAUGCGUUUUUAUCCGUGCUAGCUCUUCAGCCUAUUCCAAACAUGGAAGUAGUUCCUACUAUUGUUGAGGUUUCAAGCGUGAAUACAUGUGACCUCUUGAAGUCAAUCUCCGGAUUGAAAGUUGAGCCAGUAGAAAAUGUCGCAUCAAAACUAUUUGUUCAAUGCUCUCGUCAAAAGGGUCUCAUAAAGAUUUACAGACACUUACUUAAUUACCGGAAAAACGUCUUUAAUCUUUUUAGAUUUCCUAAUUUAGCUGGAAUAAGAUAUAGACAACUACGACGUGGAUUCCAAGAGGCUGUUGUAUGUGGCCUCCAUCGUGGUGGGAAGAUAUACUUCCAUCCAAAUGACGAUGAAAUCUUGCAGGAAACUGACAAAAUAUUAUUCAUUGCACCUGUUCAUAGGAGUAAGAAACUGAAUAUUGCUUUUACAAGUUUUAUCCAAGAAGCUAGUAAUGCUGUUCAGAGUUUGGACACUAUAGAAAGACACAGUGACGAUACAAAUGGUGCGUUGGCAGCUACAAAAGUACGACUUGAAAAUAUAGUUAAGCGUCCUACCAAAUCAGGUUCCAAGGCUUCCGAUUGGACUGUAGGACCAACUGAAUAUAUACUUUUGCUCGGUUGGCGCCCAGAUGUUGUACAGAUGAUUGAAGAAUAUGAUAAUUAUCUUGGACCCGACAGUGUAGUGGAAAUAUUAUCAGAUGUACCAGUAGAAGACAGGAACCGGGCUAAUAAAGUUUCUGGUCAAGGGAAAUUAAAAAAUGUCCAUGUUUCUCAUAGGAUUGGAAAUCCCAUGAACUAUGACACUCUACAGGAUACCAUAAUGCAUAUUCAGAAUUUUGUAAAGACUGACAAAGAUCUUCCCUUGUCCAUUGUUGUAAUAUCCGAUAGAGAAUGGCUUCUUGGAGAUCCAUCCAAGGCAGACAAGCAUGCUGCAUAUUCUCUUCUCCUUGCUGAAAAUAUAUGCAGCAAACUUGGAGUGAAGGUUCAAAAUCUGGUUGCGGAAAUUGUCAACUCAAAAUUGGGCAAACAAAUUUCAAGAAUAAAGCCAUCUUUGACAUACAUUGCGGCAGAAGAAGUAAUGAGUCUUGUAACCGCUCAAGUUGCUGAGAGCAGUGAACUAAAUGAGGUCUGGAAAGACAUUCUAGAUGCAGAUGGAGAUGAAAUAUAUGUCAAGGAUAUAAGCCUCUAUAUGAAAGAAGGAGAGAUGCCAUCAUUCUCCGAGCUUAGCGAAAGAGCAUUUUUACGGCGAGAAGUCGCCAUUGGUUAUGUGAAAGACAACAAGAAGGUUAUUAAUCCGAUUCCCAAGUCAGAACCCCUCUCCCUCCAAAUGACGGAUUCGCUAAUAGUGAUAUCUGAGUUAGAAGGAGAACAACCUAUUGUUCUGUAAAAAUGCUAACACCUAAUUUUACUUAGUUCCAUGUUUUGUGAUCAUGUGAACUGACGCUGAAAAAAAAGUGUUUGCAACACUAGUUGUUUUCCUUCUUUUAUUUAUUCACUCUAGCUCUUUUACUUAACCACGUGAAUAAUCAGUUUUGGAAGCAAAGAAACUGACUAGGGGGCACAUUUUGUGCCUCCUAGUCACAUUUUAUGAUGCCUAGUAUGAAUAAUGCUAAGAGGCACAUUUUGUGUUAAGCAUUACACUGAUAUAGGUGUGAGUUUCGUGUUAUAAUUUAA